AAGGACUACAACUCCCACAAUGCACCUGGACUCGCCCUUCAAAGCAGCAGACUCGUGAAAUGUGCGAUUAAAGCAUCUUGAAGUCGCAGCAGCAGCCGUGAAAGUAAAAUAAAACACGUUUAACCGGCUCUAACCUGCAGAACGGACGCGUGUAGCCGCGCGCGCGAGUGAGUUUGACGCCGCUGGCGGGGUUUUCUGCGUUAGUUUGUGGACGCUGACUGGAGUUUCUCACUUCAUCAGAAGCGUGUUAAUGAACUGGAAUGUGCGAGCAGACCGUCAUCAGAUUCCGGUAGAGUCGGUGUUUUUGUGCUGGUUUUACGCAGAGAGCUGCAACAGGUGUCAGACCCACAGGUUUGGUUGUGGCGUGUAUGAAUGGAUCAGGUUGGCAUGGGGAACGCAGAACACCAGGGGGCGCUGACGAAGGGCGAACCUCUGCCACGCCCCGCCUCCAGCCAAUCAGAGGGUUUUAAACCGGGUCGCUCGGUCUUGAACUCUUUGCUCUCGGGGGCUCUUGCAGGAGCCGUGGCCAAAACAGCCGUCGCCCCGCUGGACCGAACCAAAAUUAUCUUCCAAGUCUCGUCGAAUAGAUUCUCUGCCAAAGAGGCGUACAGGUUAAUCUACCGCACGUAUCUGAAGGACGGCUUCUUCAGUCUGUGGAGGGGAAACUCAGCGACGAUGGUGCGUGUCAUUCCAUACGCUGCCAUCCAGUUCUGCGCUCAUGAACAAUACAAGAGGAUUCUGGGACAGUAUUAUGGCUUCCAGGGCAAAGCUCUUCCUCCGGUGCCGCGGCUGCUAGCUGGAUCUCUGGCGGGAACCACGGCUGCUAUGAUCACGUACCCCCUGGACAUGGUCCGAGCUCGCAUGGCCGUCACCCCCAAAGAGAUGUACAGUAACAUCCUGCACGUGUUCGUCCGAAUCUCUCGUGACGAGGGGCUGAAGACGCUCUACAGGGGGUUCACUCCCACAAUCCUCGGCGUCGUGCCGUACGCUGGACUCAGCUUCUUCACGUACGAGACGCUCAAGAAGCUCCACGCAGAGCACACGGGCCGCUCUCAGCCGUUCUCGUACGAGCGUCUGGCGUUCGGUGCGUGCGCAGGAUUGAUCGGUCAGUCGGCCUCUUACCCGCUGGACGUGGUGCGCAGACGCAUGCAGACGGCGGGGGUCACCGGACACACCUACAGCAGCAUCUCGGGCACCAUGCGGGAGAUCGUGAGGGAGGAGGGCGUGAUCCGCGGUCUCUACAAGGGCCUGAGCAUGAACUGGGUCAAAGGGCCCAUCGCCGUCGGCAUCAGCUUCAUGACCUUUGACCUCAUGCAGAUCCUGCUGCGCAAACUUCAGCAGCUGCGCUACAAUGCACGGUAGCAGUCAGUGGCGCCCUCUACAGGAACAGGAAGUUGUAGGAAAAAUGAACAAAUGUUUUUUGUUUUUUUGUUUUUUUUAACCUGAGCAAAUGCUGCCGAGGAGGGGGAUGGGAAACGCCUGGCGUCAUGUGACUAGUCCAAGUUCGGUUUUUAAUGCAGAAGCAUAUGUGCAUUGAAAAAUGUCUUUUGACUUGGUGUUUUGGUCUCGCUUUCCACUAUAAACUUCUUAACAGUUAUAAAUUAAAAUGCAUUUACUCGAGAAACAAAAUGAAGUGAGUUUAUGCUUAAAAAUAGAAAAAAUAUCAGAAAAAAAUCUUUCAAAGGGAAAACAAAAUGGUUUUUCUUACUCCUCCUCACUUGUUUUAAUCCUGAACUUGUUUCAUUUUGAGAAGUUCUUUGUUGUUUUCCAUCGUUUUGCUUCUCGAGUCAGUGUGUCUUGAUUUGAGAAGGUGUUGGUGUUUGUUCUGGGAAGCGAGACAGAGCUGCAGGUUUAGAAACUGAUUUAUUGCGGUGUGUGUUUGCUGAAUGUACGUGUCUCCGUCUCCUGACGUCGCUGGAAAUGCAAAACUGACUUCUGGAAACAGUUGUUCACACACACACACCAGGGGCUUUGUUGAGAAUACACACAUGCAUUUGGAGUGAACCGUAGAAGUUUAUCUAAAUAUCACUGUCAUCAUAUCAGGGUGAGUCUCAUGAAAGAGGUCAAGAACACGUCCAGGUCAUAUUUCACAGAAUAUAUUCAGCUUUAUUUUACAUGAAGAGCAUGUAGCCUGAUUUAGGAACAUUAUGUAUGUGUGUGUGUGUUUAUAAAUAUAUAUAUAUAUAAUUAUAUUUUUUGUAUAUUUUCACAACCGUUGAGUGCUUUUCCCACAAAUGAUUUAAUUAUAUAUUUAAAAGUAUACUGUAUGGUAGUAAUUAUAAUUUACGAUACAUUAAAGUUGUAAUUAAGUAUAUAAAUAAAUAUAUUUAAUUUUAUAUAUAUUAUUUUUAUUUUUUUUGACAAUUAAAAAUACACAGACCAUUUUUUUCUGGUACUAUUUUUUGUUCUGCGUUUAAGAUAAUUUAUAUAUAUAUAAUUUUUAGGUAAUUGUAUUUACUUAUACAUUUUUGCAUAAUUUCCCCCUAAAUUAACUCUAAAACCCUAGAAGUCUUUAUGGUUUAGUUCAUGCAGAAGAUUUUAUUCUCUUUCCCCUUUCAAUAUAAGGGAAAAAAAUAUUUGUUUCAUUUAUUUUGGGCUAAAUAUUUGGACUCAAAUGUGUUUUUCUUCAUGAGAUUCACCCUUUUUAUCCGUUACCGUUAUUUGUGAACAGGUGUGUGUGUGUGUGUGUGUGUGUGGCUCCUAAGUGCCUGGAGAGAGAAACCAAACCUACAAGCAUCAGCAGCAUCUCUCACAACAGUGUUACUGAGUGCUGUAACUAACUAAUGUUAAACUAGUUACACCAAUAACAUGUUCAGACCACGUUCGGUCUUUAAUGAUUUGUGUGUUUAUUCAUUUACUAGCACAAGAGGUUUUAAAACACUCGCACUCUUCAUCUCCUCUUUAGGACUCCAACAAGUGUCUGAAUCCGACCGGUUUGGUCUGGUUUCUGCAUCGUUUCUUACAACAGAUGACUUUUAUUUUGAUGUUUUCUCAUCUGGUUCAGUGGCAUUGAGACAGUUCGAAUGUGUUUAGGACCUUUCAGGAAUGUUGUAAUUACUCAUAAACAUCGCCUGAGUCUUUUCUGAGCAAACUCAGAUCACUACUAUCCUGAAAUCACUCUGAGCACGAUGAGUAUUAUCCAGAUGGCUUUUAAAUUGCAUUAAAAGCGUUUUAAAUGUUACCCAACAUCCUAGAGGCCUAAUAAAGGGCUAAGAUUCGUUUGAAUCGACUCAAAAGAUUCGUUGUCUCGAGUCACAGAUGAUGCGUUUGUUCAGUGGAGUGUAAGUUCAUGGCUCCAUCUCUCUGUGUUUGAGUGCAGAAGUGCUGUGUGUUUUGAUGUUUCGGAGCAGAAUCGCUGAUAUGAUUCAUUGAUUCAUUCGUUACACAGUGACUCGUGUUCCAGUGAUUCAUUGUUGCUGUUCCAACUGAAUCGAACAAAUCUUUCUCUGAAAUGACUCGUUUGGAAGCACCUGACUGUUGUUUGUAAAUUAAAAAGUUGUGUGCCAAAUGAAUGUAUAUUAAACGAAUGACGUUAUAAUA